AGUUGGCUUGGCCCCCAACCCGCCUCCGGCCGCGUAGUAAUACGCUAUCUUUUUCUUCUACAUUAAAAAAUCAUAAAUCACCAGCAUGGCUUGCUCCAUGUUAAAGUUUCUGAAAUCUGAGUCACAUUUACUUAGAAGAAGUUAUAGCAGUGCAGCACCAACCACAAAACUCUACAUAGAUGGGCAAUAUGUUGACUCCAAGACAAACAACUGGAUUGAGCUUACAAACCCGGCAACCAAUGAAGUAAUUGGAAGAGUGCCAGAGGCCACUCAAGAAGAGUUGAAUUCAGCUCUUGAAGCGGCUAAAAGGGCGUACAAAUCAUGGAGCCAAAGUACCAUUAUGACUCGCCAACAACUUAUGUUUAAAUUUGCACGGUUAUUGAGAGAAAAUCAGUCUAAAUUGGCGGCAAAAAUUACAGAGGAACAAGGAAAAACUAUAGCCGAUGCCGAAGGUGAUGUGCUGAGAGGAAUACAAUCCGUGGAACAUUGUUGCAGUAUUACGUCAUUGCAGUUGGGUGAUUCUAUUCAAAACAUUGCUAAAGACAUGGACACACAUAGCUACAAAGUUCCAUUGGGAGUGGUUGGAGGCGUGGCAGCUUUCAACUUCCCCGUGAUGAUACCGCUGUGGAUGUUCCCGCCCGCGUUGGUGACCGGCAACACGUGCGUGGUGAAGCCCUCCGAGCAGGAUCCCGGCGCCACGCUCCUCAUGAUGGAGCUGCUGCAGGAGGCCGGCGCUCCGCCAGGAGUCGUCAACGUAAUCCACGGUACUCACGACGCAGUAAACUUCAUAUGCGAUCAUCCUGACAUCAAGGCUGUCUCGUUUGUGGGGGGCGAUGCCGCUGGAAAACACAUUUACACAAGAGCUUCUGCUGCAGGUAAACGGGUCCAAAGUAACAUGGGCGCUAAGAACCACGGUGUUAUAAUGCCGGACGCCAACAAGGAGCACACGUUGAAUCAAUUGGCGGGGGCGGCGUUCGGUGCCGCGGGACAACGUUGUAUGGCACUCAGUACUGCAGUAUUUGUCGGUGAAGCUAAGGAAUGGAUCCCCGACCUAGUGAAACGUGCUCAAGCUCUCAAAGUGAAUGCGGGUCAUGUGCCCGGUACUGAUGUUGGACCUGUUAUAUCUGUCAACGCCAAGAACAGGAUCCUCAGGCUGGUCGAAUCAGGUGUAAAAGAAGGCGCGAAACUAGCGCUAGACGGACGCGGCGUAAAAGUCUCCGGUUUCGAGAAAGGCAACUUCGUCGGUCCAACUAUCCUUACCGAUGUUACGCCUCCAAUGGAGUGCUACAAGGAGGAAAUCUUCGGCCCCGUUCUUAUUUGCCUGUUUGUUGAUACACUAGAUGAGGCAAUACAGAUGAUCAACUCCAACCCUUACGGCAACGGAACAGCCAUAUUCACAACCAACGGAGCUACUGCUAGGAAAUUCGCCAAUGAAAUUGACGUAGGACAAGUCGGGGUAAAUGUGCCAAUUCCUGUCCCACUCUCCAUGUUCUCUUUCUCUGGUACAAGAGGAAGCUUUUUGGGCACAAAUCAUUUUUGCGGCAAACAAGGCUUGGACUUUUACACUGAAUUGAAGACAGUUGUAUCAUUCUGGAGGCAAAGCGACGUAUCUCAUGCUAGAGCUGCAGUAUCCAUGCCUACACAACAAUAAGAGUAAUAUAAAAUAUGAUGUAAAUGUUAUUUAAACAAAACAAAGAGACUGCCUUAAAAAUAAAUUUAUUUAUUUUUAUAUUUAUAAUAUCAACUUUAUAGCGUUUGGUAAUAAGUGUCACAGUUUAUUUCUUUAUGUUUCUAGAGGCUGAUUUAUUUUUGUAUAACAAUUUUAAUUGUAAAUAUUACAGCAUUGUAUUUCAUUGAUCAUAGUGAAUUACAAAUCGUCUUCCAGUAUAAUGUUAUAAGUAUAAUUAUUAUAUAUUUUAUUUUUGUUGUUACCCGUAUAUAAAAAUGCAAAUAUAAUACAUAAUAUUUUUA